AAUGGGUGUUCCACCAUCUAUUAAUCCAAUGUUUCCUCCAACCAGCUUACCCAGUGGCUUUGGCUCAGGAGCCCAUGGUGCUUUCCAACCAAAGAGUUGGCCAGAGGGUGGUUUGCAGCUCCCCAGGUUGGAUAAUCGUGUCAGCAAACCACUCAUGAAGAAGCGUGGAGAAUGGUGCGCAGCCCAUGUAAAUGUUGCAUGGUUAAUAUAUCAUCACCAACAAAAGGCCAAGGUAGAUGCUCAGAAGGAUAGCUUGAAGCAAGAUGCCUUCCUUGGUAAACCCGGUGGACCUCAUAUAUUUUCUCCUCCAAGGCCUCCUGAUCUUCACCUCCAGUCUAAUCUUUUUCCUCAUGGUGCACCAGGGGGUCCAUUAAACCUCCAAAGUGGUCCACAUCAUCCCAGCUUCUUGACAGCGGCUGGACCUACAUUUGGUCUACCUCCAAUGCCCAGACCAGCUAGUUAUGGGCCAGGUAACCUGGGCUUUCCUUUAACAGGACCAGGUAUGAAAGGUGGCAGUUUGAAUUCCAGUAUGUUCAACGGUCGAGAGUCGAUUGGUUUACCUGGUCUGAGCAGCCCACAUCAAGGUCAAUGGGGUAGACUUCACAGGACUCCACCAGGGUUCCCAGGAAUGCCACCAGGUUCCUGGGCUAAACCAGAAGCAGAGAGGGCAAAAGAAGGGUUCCAUUUCAGCCUUGACAGGGAGAGAGAACGGGAACGAGAAAGACUCAAGGACGAGGAGAGGGAAAGGGAGCGGGAGAGGGAACGUGAACGCGAACGCGAAAAACUGGAAAGAGAGCGGGAAAGGGAAAAAGACAAAGAAAGAGAAAGGGAACGGAAGGAUGGAGAGAGGUCAUCAAAUCAUGGACCUUCAGAAGGAUGGUCCAAUGAUCGUGAGAGGGAGAGCAGACCAGCAGAAAGUGAAUCAAGAACACUUAAUCACGUUCGCUUACUGGACAAUGAUCGUGAUCAUGAAAGGAGAAAAGAGGAGCGUAGUUCAGAGAGCCGCUCUAGUGAUAUGAAACGUGUGACCCCUCCCAGUCGCCAUGUUAAUGAUGGAGUAAGACAUUCAACAUCUCGAGGUCAUGAUGGACGAUUUGAUAGCGCAUUCAACAAUGUGUUACAUCCCAAUGCGCUGACCACCAAAGAGGAGAGACGGGAACCAGAAAAGGAAAAACCAUCAGAGAGAUUGCCGGAGCAGCGUUUACCGGAACGGAUUCCGGAAAGGAUACCGGAAAUAUUACCAGAGAGGAUACCCGAGAGGCUACCUGAAAGGCUUCCGGAAAGAUUCCCUCCGGAAGUCAUGGCGUUGCAUCAGGCAUCCGUCCUCAAUACCAUGAACGCUAUGAAUCCUAUGAUGUCAUUGCUAGACCGUCGCUUGCCAGGUAUGCCCUUUUCACCGCUUCAUCAUAUGGAGAGGCAUCCUAACCCGGGCAUCCCAGGACCUUGGGAUCCUUUUAGGGGUAACCUGGAGGCGAUACAUCGUGAGCAGCAGAUUAGACUUGAGCGUGAAUAUGAGAGAGAUCGCCUGAUGCGAUCUGCUCUUCACCAACCAAUGGGGCCUAUCAUCGAUCAUCCAGAUAGGCUCCGGGAUCGAGAACACCACGACUUCUCGCGAGAUAAUCCUCUUGCCAUGGAAUCCACCAUUAGGCACCUAGAACAGGAGCGCAUGCACAGAUACCUCGAGGAACGCGACCGUGCACUAGCCCUACGUGAGGAUGCGGAACGGAGAGGAAUCAUUCACGGGACCUCCCAGGACCCACUCAACCCUCUGAACAGACCCACUAUUGGGGCAAUUCCCCCAUACUCAAGGACUAGUUCUAUCUUCUCAAACUCUUUGCACAAGAACAGUUCACCUCCGUCGACCCUAUCUGCCCCUCCUCCACCCUUGGUUUCCUCGGCUGCAACAAGUAAUGGUCCUUCCCUGGGGCUUGGUCUCCUUGGACCUCACAGUCAUUCAGCAUCUCCUCAUUUAUCAGCCACCAGGAAUAGUUCACCUGCGGACUCUAAUCCAUCUAAAGGAAAAACAACUCCGGAUAAAGAUGCUCAUUCAAGAUAGGAUACGGUUACCAUGUAGCCUCCCAACAUUUCAUCUUUCUUCUCUCUCUCUCUGUCACAGCUGUCAUGUCCCCCCCCCCCCCCUUCAUGUUUUCCUUGGAAAUGUUCUUCCUUGGAAAUGUUCUACUGUGAAGUUGCUAUUUGUACUCUGAUUUUCAAAAGUCUAUGACUCCUAUCUUAAUGUAGAGGGUGCUAUUAUGUUGCCAUUCUCCCAGAAUACAACAAGAUAAUACAAUAUAUCCCUGUAUCCCGGGGAGUAUUUCAGACUUGCCAUUCACUUGCAAAAUUAAUUGCAGUGUUAGCUUUAAAUUUUAUUGUGCAUAGCACAGUUUUAAAGUUCAACCAUUUGGUACUUCUGCAUGGCCAUGGAUUAUAGUUUGAAAGUUAAAUGAAUUUGACAAAAUAUUUCCCAUUUUCAAUAUUUUUGUCUGCUUUCCAUUAGCUGUCAUUGUUGGUGAGUUAAUAAAAAUCAAUUCCUUGUGCAAUGUACCCCUAACAUGGAUGUAUUUCUUAAUCCGUUGGAUUUGCCUAAAUAUAAUGGUGAUGAAGAGUUACUUCUAAGAUAAUGUAAAUCAUCAUCCUUUCAUAGAUAGUCCCCUAAUAUUUUUUUUUAAUAGAUGAUUGAAAUAAUUGUAAGAAAAUUUAUUCUCUUGUUUGUGUGAAAUUGUUUUCUAUGUGCCAAAUAGUUUUUUUCUUAAUGUAAAGAGAGAUCAUGUAAAUUAACAUUCCAAAGAGAAAGAGGGACAUUUGAUUUUCAAUUGAAAUAGUCUUCAAUUAUAUUUGGUUGUACAAUUCUGUAAAAUCCAACUGUCAUUUUGUUACCUGUUCACUGUUUGUCUGAUAAUGAAUUUCUCUGGUGUAAGUUAGUGUUUAGAAUAAGGGAUUACAUGGCAUUUAAUGACUCCAGUAAGCAUUUUUAAUUAACACCUACACCAAGGGUUUAAACUGUGAUUGGUAUCACAUGUUCUGUAUUUCAAAUCUGAUACGUAACAACUGAAAUCUUUAUUGAAAUAAAUCUCAUUUUCCUGUUUCUUUUGGUAUGAUUCCAAACAAAACUCUAAACUUCAAACUUAAAUCUAAACUCAUAUAAUGUGAGUCAGAAAAGAAGGUGGAAUGUGACUGUGAUGGUUAAAGGAAAACUAUCCAAAAAAGAAGAUUGAUUAUCUAAAAUAAAUUAAGUUUCAUGUCAGCAAAACAAGACAUUGAAUUAUAUUUUAAAGGAUAAGUCCACCCCAGUAAUAGAUUGAUUUGAUUUUUCAGGGAAAUGAGAGAGUAAUAGCAUUUAAAGUUUUGCUCAUUUUCACAAAACAUUUUUUGCUGAAGAUAGUUGGUAUGCAAAUGAGAGAACUGAUGACAUCACACUCUUACUAUUUUGUUUUUAUAUGAAAUAUGUAUGGUUUUUUUAAUGAUGUAAAGCAAGGUUUGACUCUACAGUGAAUAUGUUGAAUCACUAUAUUUGUAAUCUACCAUGAUUCAAUCAUGAACUUCUUAUCAAACCUACUGAAAUGGAAAAUAAAAAUACAAAAGAAAUGUGUGUCUGACAUUGUUAUCUCACCUUUUAAAGUAUAACACAUAUUAUGCAUCUUUGUUUUAUGAAAUUAAGCAAAACUCUCCAAAUUUUUAAACUUUUUUUUUUUGGGGGGGGGGUUCACAUUCAAUUUGUUGAAGUUGUCAGUGUUAGGCUUGUUUGAUUUUUUCCUCUUUUAUUAAAACCACAAUCAUUCUUGGUGGACUUGAACUUUUAGUAUUUUUUAAGAGUAUCUAAUAAUCAAACAACUUGGUGGAAUACUUUCAUGUGAGAUAAAUUUGGAGUGGUAUUGUUAAAUUACUUAAAACUAACUUUUUAGAAAUUAUUGGUUGCUCUUAGCUCUGUACAUAUAUUUCAAUUUUCUGAUCCUAUCAGGUCCACAAAAUUCAAAGUAUAAGAUUUCAAAACUAAGAUUUUUUAGGCAAUACUGAAAUCUGUGGGGAACUAAAGGGAAUACUUCACACAUCAGUUUGAAAUUGGAUUAUAUGUAAUUAAAACAUAUAUAAUGUAAAUUAAUAUACAAGAAUCAAUUCUUAAAACUCAAUAAUCAAUGCUGUGUACUUGUCAUGAAAUUGUUAAUAUAAAAAUGUUUUUAAUUCUUAAUGUGUAUUGUAUGUAUGGAUGGGUGACACAUAUUUCAUUGUGUAACCACUCUCUGACUUCAUGCCCUUUAAAUGAGUAUCAUCUGUAUUACCAAUCACUUAUGCUGCUGAACAUCCUUCAAAUGUCACCAACCUAUUUUCUUUAAACUUGUUACUUUUCCCUCACAUUGUCUGCUUUUUCAGAUAAAAUGAGGGUGGAGGAGAUAAGAAUCAUGAUAAGGAUGAGGGGGGCAAGAAAAAUAGGAAAAGGAGAUAAAAAGUUUAGAGAAGAUGAGCUUGAUUUCCUACGCCGGCUGGCCGGUGUGCUCAUCAAAUAUCCUGUUGUCAAUAAGACCUAGUUUUAGUUAAAGAGAAAGAAAGAAGAGAUACCCCUCUUGAGGAUGAUGAUUCACCCCUAUUUCAGACCCCCUUUAGCCCUCCCUCAGGGCUUGCCUGUCACCCCCAAAGAGUAAUUUAUUCCAAUUAUAUGAGCAGUGUUAUUGAUUCUUAUCAGAUAAUCAUAACUCAACCAUAGUUUCAGGUCUGAUUUAUAUAGAAAUUCUUCAUCUGUUUUUAAUAGGUGUGUUAUUAACCCUGUCAAGUUCAAUUUGGAAGAUAAUCAAGCUGGCUAUUCCUGAUGUGGGUUAUUAUUUCAGAGUUAAAGAUGUUUGAUGGAUCAGCCCGGAAAUUGAGUAUGGACUGUGACUCGUUUCACAGAGGCUUGCAAAAUCAAAACAAGCGAAUUCAUUGUGUUUUCAUGGAGGCAUUCUUUUACAUUACCAAUGACGACUAGUGCAUCAGGGAUUUGAGUAACAAAGAAAGAACUUUGUGAGGGCUCUCUUCCAGUGAAUUUCACCAACAUUCUUUCAGCUUUCUGUUAUUGACAUUUAAUUGAACCUUAAAAUUGUAUCUAUACAUCCACCAAGAAUAGUAUUGGAUCAUAAUAAGGGAAUUUAAAAUCCAAUAAAGUUAUUUAUAGCAUCCGACUAAAUGAAAUAGCAAUCCAUUAUCAUACCUCAUCCCCCCAAAAUAUAAUGAAUAAAUGAAUGAAUGAAAGCAAUAGUUAUACAAUUUUUAAAAUGGAAUCACAAUUGGGUUUAUGGCUAGCUUAAUUUGAAAAAAAAAAAAUCAACGGGAAGAAGUGCCUGUUUUCACUGACCUUAAACUAGGAUUAUUUAAUGUUUGAUGGGAGAUCAAAUGGAAUCAGUAAUGGGAAUAUGAAAGCCAUGAUUCUAUACUGUAAUGUAAUGCUUCAUUUAUUAUUUACUUUAAUUGUGAAUGAGAAUAUUGUGAGUCAUGUGCAGUUUUUAAUAUUUAACUUGUACUUAAUCACAUUCAUUGAAUUUAACGUAAAGAUAUUUUCAACAAACCAAUUUUUAUACUUAAAAUUAGUAUCAUAAAGGUUGUUGUUUGAAAAAAAAUAAUUAAGUGCCAAUCUUCGAAUAGCAAGUUUUAAUUUCCUUGUUGAUAUUUGUGUAAAACAAUGAUUAAAGGAUGUAAUCAUAUUAGGUAUGGUUGGAAAGACUGAUGUAAAUAUCUGAAAUUAUGAUACAUCUUAUACAGGCAAGCCCGUAUCCAGUAACUGGGAUAAUCAUUUUUCAGACAACGAUCUAAUGUGGUUAGCACUAUAAUAGCAGAAUGUUAUUAUUAUUUUAUUAGCUAUGGAAAGUAUUUUAAAUCACUAAGGAUAUUAGGAGAUGUUUAAAAACGAUAUCCAACGAUCAGUUCUUAUAACAACAGUUAUAAUAUCUCUACCUGGAAAGCAAGGUUUAGUGUUUGAUGAUAGGGAUGAUUUCUAUGCGUUGAUUACAUUCAUCGCUAUGUGCAAUUAAUCAUACAAUCUAAUGUCCAUUCACUAUGCGUUAGGCCCCAAGGUAAAAUAUGCACUAAAAAUCUGUAUAACCAAUCUAAUGCAUUUGUUGGUUUAGGGUUUUCAAGUAAAUUGAAAUUGACAUGUCUCAUCUUGAUUGAAGUUAUAUUUUCACAUUCUCUUGAUGUCUUUAACAAGUCACAUAUUUCUAAUAAUUUGCUUUUUAUCUCUUCUUGGAAUAAGAAGGAGAGAUGAAUUAAUGAAUUCUAUUUCACAUCUUACUUGUUUGAACGUCAUAGGGCUUUCUUUUGUCAUUUUCAUGUUCUCUGUUUUCCUUUCAAUUCAAUCUUUCAUUUUAUUUUCAAACUUGAAAAUCAUAAUUCAAGGUUUACCUAUGAUCUGUGGGUGGUGGUAAGAUGACCUUUCACCUACAUCUUUUAAUAAAGCACUUGUUCAUAAAUAUUCAGUUUAUCCGUAUAAGGAAAAGGAAACUUCAUAUUCAAUUUAUUGAGAAUGUUAUCCCUAUUGAAAGUGCAAUGUGGGGGAUUGUGUGAAGGAAAUGAAGUGACUUUUGUAGAUAGUUUUCAUGUUUUUAAAGGAAUAUAGAUGAUGAUGACAAUUUCAACAUGAAAUUCAAAAUGUCUCUAUUUCUAAAUGAAUAAGUUCAAAUUCAUGAUAUGUUUGCAAGGAAGUUAUUGGCUGUUAGUGAUAAUACAAUGCCUCAAUAGCCUCCCUGUAAAUAGCUAAACCAAACUAUUUGAUUUAUCUCUUAAUCAGGUAAUAUAUGAUUAGUUCUCAGAGUAAUGUGUAGAUAUCAAAGCUGAUUCAGUUAAACCAACAAUCUUGAAAUUAAUUUGAUUUUAUGUCAAAUUCACUAUUAAAAUUUAUUGUAGGCCAACACAGCAAUAUGCCAUGUGAGUCACAGAUAUGAAUAUAUAAAUAGUUGAAAUUUACACAAUGGCUCUGUAAUGAUGUUAAUAACUUCUUUUGUUAUUGUCUUAUUUUUCCACCAUGUAAUGCUUGAGAUUUGUUUUGGUGGUGGAUUGUGUAUGUGAAGAAUUUACAAAGUCAAAUAAUGAAACGAACUGUAAAUAUUUUUUUCCGAAAGGAAAUCUUGUUCAUAAAUUGUGAUACAAUGCUGGAUUGAUAUACAGAUUUUAAAAAUGAAUUUUGUGUCAACUCAAAAAAAAAAUAAUGGUAGAACCUUAAAUAAGUACUUGUUAUUUGCUACAGUAUUAAAUUAUGACUGAGAAAAGUUAGAA